AUGGAAUCUCAGAAAGUGCGUAAAUCAUGGUUCGGUACAAAUAGAAAUCCUUUGUGUAUAGCGUCUUUGGAUCAAGAUCGACCCUUCUUAACAGUUUCACAGUCUUAUCUUAUUAAGAAGCAGUCAGAAUCUGACCAGAUCACCACGCAAGAUGAAAAUGCGAGUGGAACAAAAUCACCCAGUGGCAAUUAUGAAGUGACUUUACAUGGAGAUGAGAAUGAAGUUCCUUUCACAGUAAACGUUUCUGACACUCUUUCUGUAUCCAUGUUCUCAAGAAGAGCUGUAGUAGAUUUCGGUACGACCAACUUUACAGGAAAGUCACUGACUCGUUUCUUGCUGUUAGUAAACCAUUUUGAUGAAGAGCAAUCAGUGAUGAUCCAACGUAGUCCUCCGGAAAAUGAAUUCACCAUUGAUUGGAUAACUUCGGAAACUGACAAUUUUACAUCUCGACCAUUCCAUCCUGCAAUAUCUAAACGAAUCAUCCUUAAGCCUCUCCAUGGUAGAUCUCUCAUGAAGAUAACCUGGAUACCUAUUCGCGAUUCUGUCUCAGGUGGUGUUUACAGUUUUCAUCAUGUGAUUCAGUUUCGUGUUAAUGACGCUUACUUUAUUCAGGCUGUGAUUGUCGGUCGUUUGUUACCACCUGAAAGGCCUAGUCGUUCCAAGUUUCUUGCACCUAGAAAAACAAUAACUAAUCGAUUUCCCAAUUUACCCGCUUGGAUUAAAACUUCUUCCUCCAAUUCGUCUGCAUACUGUUCUAAAAAUAAGAUAAAAAAUAAACCUGUUAACUCACAUUCCAUUUCUCCAAUAUCCGAAAUUCAUCGUCAUAUAUCUUCUUCAUUUUCUACACAACCUACAACCGUCUUUGGUCAGAGCUGUGAUUUCAGUAAUCUCACCACUUCUAGCUUCACAUCUGAAAGACCUCAGAAUACAGAUUUUUGUCGUCCACAAGCAAUCGAAAAAUCAUUUAUCGAUGAAUUAAGUGCAGACGACUUUCUACUUAAAACAACAGAAAGUCGACGUCGAUCAAGUUCACAGCCGACAAGUGCUACUCCCACUAGAAAUCUGUCUAUUUUUGGUAGAUUCCAUGAGAUGAAGGAGCUGAGUUCGUCUAGACAGUCAAUAACUGGAUCAAAUAAGUUGUGCUCAGAUACGAAUUUAACUACAGAUGUGAAUUUUUUGAAUUGCACUGCUACGGCGUUUGUUUCACCGAAGCUUGUACGUUCACCUGCUUUGAAAGGAGUUAAAACAACAGAAAGUCGACGUCGAUCAAGUUCACAGCCGACAAGUGCUACUCCCACUAGAAAUCUGUCUAUUUUUGGUAGAUUCCAUGAGAUGAAGGAGCUGAGUUCGUCUAGACAGUCAAUAACUGGAUCAAAUAAGUUGUGCUCAGAUACGAAUUUAACUACAGAUGUGAAUUUUUUGAAUUGCACUGCUACGGCGUUUGUUUCACCGAAGCUUGUACGUUCACCUGCUUUGAAAGGAGUUACCUGUGCACCUGUAUCCACCUAUAAAAAGAGACAGGAUGGAAAUCUAUUUUACACUAACGUGACCUCUGUUUUAUCUGAGAUGAGUGUUUAUGGUUUGACUCAGUGGCUGAAUGGUGUAUUUGCUCCAUGUAUUGCAGCUAAUAGUUACAAUGGACAUCCAACGACCUCUUCCAAGGAUAUUUGUGUAGUUGGAUCAAGUGUGUAUCAUUCAACAGUGGAGAAAGCAGUUGAAUUACUGACUUCAACUAUUAUCAUGACUCCUGGAGAACGCAUAGAACGUGAAGUAGACAAUGGAAAGCUAACACCUGUCCAACUGCUAUCAUUUCGUGUUGAUAAAGGUUCCCAACGUCGAAUUCAAGACUAUUUGUUGUUAAAUUAUGCUCCAAUCUGGCUUCAUCUUACUUUGGAUGCGUUAAUAAGUUCUUCUUCGACUCAGUCUUAUUCAUCAGUCACUCUAAAUAAACCACUUUUACCAAUUAAACCAGCUGCUGAUAAUAAAAAACUAAAACAGUCGUCUCAUCAUACAACUAGAAACGAUACAAAUUCGACAAAACCAAAUAUAUUACCAAACCGUGAUAUCCUCUAUAAUCGUCAUGUGAUUAAACGAUUUAUCAUAUUUAUUUGGAUUAUAGACUGUUUUAAAAGGCAUAUGUUAAUUAAAUAUGAUCCAUGCUUAUUUCGCAUUAAAUCUCUCAUUAAAUCCUCUUCAUCGCUCUUAUUAUCGUUUGCUCAAAAUUUUCUUCAUGGUGAAAAUAAUCUAGUUCGUCAUUUAGCCUACCUAGGAGCACAAGUCACAGUAAAUCAAACACCACUAGAUGAAUAUCAAUUUACUGUUGAAAACUUGGCCGUAGACUUAAGAGAUGGUGUUCGUUUGGUAAAACUUGCUGAAUUAUUAAUUCCUACAUUGUCUACUGAGAAACCACCUACCGUCAUCAAACCAAAUAGUCUCAUGUCUAUGGUUAGAUUCCCCGCUAUAAGUCGCCUUCAAAAAAUACACAAUGUUGGGGUUGCCCUGAAAUCGUUUGAACAAUAUGGUCAAAUAUCAAUGGCAGACGGGAGCUUAAUUGAUCCUCGUGAUAUUGUCGAUGGACAUCGUGAAAAAACCCUUACAUUACUUUGGUGCUUAUUGUUACGUCAUCAGGUUCUUGCCUUACUUGACCAUUCCGCAUUAGAAAAUGAAAUUCACACUCUUGAAACAAAUAUCAAUUCAUCUGAUACAAAUAUGUGUGUGAACGAAUUAAAUCAUCUAAAGUUAAAUAUAUCUACUGACAAUAAUGUAAAAGACGAUAAAAACCAUAUGGCUCACUUCAAAUUACUGUACUGGGCUGCUUUAGUUUGUCAUUUGUAUAAUGUUCCAGUUACUAGUUUAGAUGAAUCGUUUACCGAUGGUAGAGCAUUAUGUUAUCUGUUGCACCAUUAUUUACCAACUGUUUUACCUCAAGGUUUAAUUCGCCAGUGUACAACGUAUACUAAUAAUAAUCUAUCGGUUCCACUGCCGAACCACUUACUCAUACGUAACAAUCUGUUCAAUUUAUCGUUGUUUCAAAAGAAACUCUCAAUGCUAGGUGAUGUUCCACUGCUUCUUUCUACACCAAUUUCAUCGGCUAAUUUUAGUAAUAUUCUUCCACCUGGAUUAGUUAUCACUAUUUUAGCGUAUCUGGCUAACAGAUUAGUUGUUGGUCCUUCAGAUAAAUAUAAAUUAAAUCUGCUUAUUCGUGAUAAUGCUGCAUGUAUUAUUCAAAAUGCCUGGCGCCGUUUUCAAGAUUAUAUUAAUUUCUCUAAGUUAAAAUUAAUACCUUAUGGAAGGGAAUGGCGUAAUGAAAGAAAGAGAAUCAAAGCAUCCACUACUAUCCAGGCAUUUGUACGUGGUUAUCUUGUUCGUAAACAAGUUGUACAGAUCAAAUCCUUGAGAAACUCUGCUGCAAUAAUAAUACAAUCUUAUGUUCGUCGAUUUUUAAUUCGAUGUUAUUUUGAACGCAUUCACCAAUCCGCUACCUUAAUCCAGAGCGCUUGGCGUGGUUACCAAGCACGCCAAAACUAUACCCUAUUGAAAAAGUCCUGUAUUAUGCUUCAAGCAUUUUCACGUGGAUUCCUAGCCCGUAGAUAUGUUGCACAGUUACAAGAACAUCGAAACAAAUCAGCAACAAUAAUACAAUCUCAUUUCCGUAGAUUAACUGUUCAACGUAGCAUAAAAAAUUGGCAUAAGUCAGCUAUUCAAAUUCAAAGUGCCUGGCGAUGUUAUCACAUUCAUCAACAAUAUAUCAACUUAAAACAUGCAUGUCUAACAAUUCAACGAUAUGUACGUGGGUAUUAUGCUCGUAAAUUUGUUGUGGAAACACGUUCUAAAAGGACUUUGGCGGCCACCGUGAUACAAUCGUAUUUCCGAAGUUAUUUGGUCAGACUUGAGAUUUUCCGUUGGCAUAUGGCAGCAGUUCAAAUUCAGAGUAAAUGGCGUAGUUAUUUCCAUAGACAACGAUUCCUGUCUUUGAAAUCGUGGUGUAUCACUAUCCAAAAAUAUGCACGAGGAUAUUUGGCUCGAGAACGUCUUGCAACAGUCCAAUAUAAUAGGAAUUCAGCAGCCACAGUUAUACAGUCUCAUUUUCGUAAAUUUCUAGUAUUGCGUAGAAUCAAUGUUUGGCAUAGUUCAGCUCUACGAAUACAAUUAUUUUGGCGCUUUCAUCGCUCUCGAAGAAUUAUUACACAGUUUAAAGAUAUCGUCUUACUUGUUAUUGAACGUCACAACUCAUCUCGCAUGAUUCAACGUUGGUGGCGUGCAUGUUUUCUUCUUAAGUUUAUAUCUAGGCAACGUUGUUCUGCUAUACGAAUACAAGCCGCAUGGAAAGGUUUUCGAAUUCGUAAACAUUUGCUUGCUUUAGCUCAAUCUUCUAAAAAGGGCGCAAACAUUACGAAAAUAUCAAGUCGAUUGGACAGUCGGGAAACGCAUCUUGUUACAUCUAAGUCAAAGUCUGUUCCAAGUUUGCGAAAUUCCAAGCCAAAGCUUCAUAAAGAAAAGUGUUUGCUUUCACUUACACCUUUGGAAGCCAAGUCUCUUAUAGAUAUUUGUUUUCGUUUGAAUAAGGCAACACAGCGUGCCCAAACUAAUCCACAUUUAACCUUAGCUUCGAAAGCCCGAAAUGCAUUGAAACAACUUUCUCAUUCUACAUCUGUAAACCAAAUACUUGAUGCAAUCAGACUUUUAGAAAUGACUACCGGUUUCUCGGCAGAACUUUGUUAUUGGAUAGUUGGUUUGUCACCUCCUAAGAAACCAAUGUACAAUAAUGCAUGUUUCAAUGAACAGGAUGAGAACUCACCAUGUGCACUUAUUCGUUUUUUUCAAAUUAUGAUGGCUUGUAAUCGUUCUGUUCCUCAUGAAGAUAUUUUUAUAGCUAUUACAGGGAUAUUUUUAAAUAUUGGACGACAUAAAGAUCUAGCCAGUAAUAUAGAUUUAUGGUGGAAUCCUUUGACUUUUAAGUCAAAGAGACCGUUUGCCACUAACGAGAAUGAAAAUAAUGAAAAUGAAGAAUUUCAACCACCAGCUAUUGUACGUUUAAUAAAUACCCAGUUAAGGCGUUAUCAAAGUCUUCCAGGUUUAUGUACAACUGUAUCUGAUUUACAGCUUACCAUCUCUACACAGUCACAUCUCAAAAAUUUUAACCGCGUUAAUUCAGUGGAAUCAAAAUUACCGCACAAUUCAGUGUCUAUUACUCAGAAUAUGAGUUUAGUUGAAGUUUUAAUGGAAAUACUUCAGAGGACAUGGCGUGCUCGCCCUGGAACAGUGAGUGUACGUCUAUUCAGUCGUACUUGUUGCGUUUUGGCUCUUCUAUUCAAUUCAGCUCCUCCUCAUUUAUUUUCCCAAAACUCUUUUUUAUUGCCUACAUUACAAGAAAUUUAUGAAGGACUUUAUCGCCGAUCUGACCCACAUUCUCGAUUUCACCUUAAUUUCGAUCCAAUCGGUGAUUCUACUAAUUUUCUAAAUGUUAAUGAAGUCCAUUUAAAGGCAUCAAACGCUGAAAUGAAAAAACUUCGUGCUUAUCUUAGUUGUGAAUUGGAUUGGCAUUUUCGUCCAAUCAGAUCUCGUCUUAAUCCAUUAUUAGCUAUUCAAUACUUAUUAAUAAUUACAAUGAGAAAAAAUUACUGA